CAGUUGAGAGGAAGGUCCCUUUAAGAAAUUCUCACAGCUACCAGGGAGUAUAAAUUACCUUGAUUUCUGGGAAUGAUUUACAGCAGAGAACCAACAUAUUGAUAAGAGGACAGUAGCAUGUGGAAUUGAACUAUAUUGAAUUAUAUUCCAAGGAAAAUGCACCUGUUCUACAACCUCCACCAUACCCAGGAACAGAACCAGCUCCACAUUAUCCACCUCCGGUUUCCCAAGUGCCAUAUGGAUCUACUGGAUAUAUGUCUGGACCAGUUGUUACAACACAACCUGCUUUUGCUUACCAGUAUCACCCAGCAUCCUCUGGACUUGUCCCAUUACAAAGCCAGCCCGCUGCACCCGUAGUUUGGAUGCCAGCUCCACCUGUACCUCCCAAAUGCCCCCCUGGAUUGGAGUAUUUAACCCAGAUUGAUCGGAUAGUAGUAGAACAGCAGAUGGACCUUUUGGAAGCAUUAAGUCGCUUUGAGACAUUAAACCGAUAUGAAAUCAGAAACUCUCUGGGGCAGAGGAUUUACUUUGCACAGGAAGAAAAUGAUGAGUACAGCCUGCAAUGCCAUGGGAGCUUGCGAGGAUUCGUCAUAAAGCUCUUUGACAGUACAAACCAGCCAGUCAUGCAGUUGUCCAGAGAAUGCCGGUGUGACAUUUGCUGCUGCCCUUGUAUUUGCUGCCUGCAGGAGCUUGAAGUUCAGGCCCCUUUAGGCACAGUCAUUGGCUACGUGAAGCAGAAGUGGCACCCCUGUCUCCCUAAAUUUGACCUCCAAAAUGAAACCAGAGAAAGCCUACUGAAAAUGAAGGGCCCAUGUGUUCCAUGCCAGUGUUAUCGGGAUGUCCAUUUUGAGGUGAAACCACUAGAUGAGACUGCUACAAUUGGCAUUGUAACUAAACAAUGGACUGGAAUGGCAAGGGAAGCUAUUGGAUCUGCCAGCCUCUUUGGAAUCCAGUUCCCACUGGAUCUUGACGUGAAAAUGAAAGCCCUCGUGCUUGGGACUUGCAUCCUCCUGGAUUUCAUGUUCUUUGAUCACCGAGCACCACGUCGAGACAAUAAUAGCUAACACCGUUGACUCCUGCAUCUUGCUGGCUUCAGAAAAAAAUAUUCCUGUUGAAUCUGAUUUUGCUUGGCUGACUAGAAUUUUCAAGCUAUCUGAUAAAAGUGAUUUUUGAUAAAUAAAACAAAAGAAAAGCCCAGCAAAUCAUGGCUGCAGCUCUGUCACUAGGUGCAAUACAAUUGCAUUUAUGGAGAUUGGUAAGAAUGAGUAAUGUAUUAAACAUAAACUGAGAAUAUGGUUGCACUAUGAAAAUACAUUGGCAGAUGGAUGAAAGUUUUUGAAAAUAUUUCGAAGUCACAUGGUAGUCAUGUGGUUUUGGAGUUGGAGUGUGCAUUCUCCUGGGAAAACUUUCAAUCCAUUUUAAACUGUGUUUUAUAAUGGUGGAGGGGACAACAUGGGAAUUUAGAAUUGUUAUAUAUGAGGCUUUGUUCUGCACCUUCCUGCUCUCAUGCUGGCUGUCUCCCACUGCUGCUGUAUAUUUUUUUUAAAAAAAUUUCUUUCCAAGUCUGGUGAUAGUCUUAUAUGACAUGCCGGGUGGAGGGGGGACAGAUUGGAAAUGCAAGCUUUCACUGGAACCCAAGACAUUUGCAUGGGGACAGACAAACAUUUUACUCCUAGCAGAGAGAAAAAGGGUUGUUGUGGGAAAUUGUUCCCUCCUUUCAGGAAUUUGUCUAACCACUUAAAAACCUUGAUGCAGAAAGGAAAUGUAUUUGUAUUAUAUGCAUGUUUUCUAGUCAUAAUUAAUUAUUCAUAUAUACAAUAAAGUGAAGUGAAUAGCAUGUUCCCUACAA